AUGAAUUCCUUAUAUUUUUAUACAAACUUUUUACGGGAAUUAACAAGGAUGUUGAUGAAGCAUAAUUGCAACUUCAUAUUCUUUUACAUAUUUGUAUAUUAUGUUUUUUAUAAACUGAAGAUAUUAAUUAAGACAACAUUUAAAUGGAAAGUUUUGCCGGAUCAUGCCUUCAGGGAUUUAGUAAAACAAUUUUAUAAUGAAGAAUAUUGUUAUGUAGAUUGCAAUUCUUGUUUAUUGGCUAAUGUUAAAUGUUUUAAAGUAUGCAACCCAACUUGGUUUUACAUAUGUUCGAAUAUGUCUGUGAAAAAGUACAAAAUAUUAGUCAUACCACUGACUGAUUGUGAUAUAAAUGAAAUAUUUGUAUCUGAAAUUAUUAGACAUAAUAUACAAAAUGCACUUCAAUGCAAUGUUGACAAUUGUUUUUUGUUCCCGAUAAAGGGUAAUAGUGUUAACUUUGCUGUCGAGGCAAAAAUUUCAAUGAUAUCAAACUCGUAUGAAUAUACAAAUGAUUUAAUAAGUGCCCUAUUAGAAGAUUAUUUCUCUGAACCUCGAUUUUUGAGAAAAUCUGAUUUGUUCUGUAUCAAUUUGAAAGAACACAUAUCGGAUCAAUUAUAUUUACAUAGUAAUCCUUCCAUGUCUGUGAUAUAUUUUAAAGUUAAUGCUGUUAAAGUAAAUGAGAAUUUAAGUUAUGCAGUUAAAGAUUGUUGUUAUAUUUUACGGGGAGAGACGACACUUAUUCAAGAAUCAGAUGUACAUAGUUAUCUACCUGACCGACAGUCUCACCUUGAUACCAAAGAGAAAUUGAUAGAACCGUAUCCUCCAUGUUUUUUAGAACCCUUGAAACACUUAGAACAAUGCAUUUUGCCAUUUCUCAAAUGUGAUAUUCAGUUACCUAUAAAGCCAAUAUUUCUCAUUAAGGGUUCCCAUGGUUCUAACAAACGUAAAUUAAGUCAAACUGUAUCGCAAAGGAUGGGUUUGAACUUUCUUCACGCAGACUUUGCGGAAGUUCAAGCUUUGACAUCAGCACAAACAGAGGCCAAGUUACGUAUAGUACUGCACAAUGCCAAACAUUCUGUACCGUGUAUACUUUGUUUAAGUAACAUAGAAGUAUUUGGGAAGAAUUCUGAAGGCCAAAAAGAUGAAAGAAUUAUAUCUACCUUUUCGACAGAAAUAAAUUCACUGUAUAAUAAACAUGUAAAAUAUCCAAUUAUUAUAACAGCUACAACAAGUGAGUCUGAGAUAUCAGCGGAAUUGAACAGAAUGUUUAUUGAAACAAUUCACGUUGAUUAUUUAAAGCAAAGCGAAAGAACAGACUUAAUUUCAUGGUUACUUACCAAAAAGAAACUAAACCAUGAAAUGAAUCUAUCGAAAAUCGCAGGAAUGUGUUCAGACUUUAGAUUUGCAGAUUUAAAUGCGCUUAUAUUGCAUGCUGCAAAAUUCGAAUACAAACAUAGCGUUUCCGAUUCGAAGUCAUUAACAGUAUCACAAGAGGAUUUUGAUAAAGCUUACGAGUAUAUGCAAUCAAUAUAUACUGACUGUAAGGGCGCGCCACGCGUACCAAAAGUUCACUGGGAAGACAUAGGGGGUUUAGCAGAACUGAAGCAUGAAAUUAUGCGUCGCAUUCAGCUGCCUUUGUUGAAUGCUCUGGGUUUUGGUCAGUCCGGGCUACUUUUAUAUGGACCACCAGGAACGGGAAAAACUCUCCUCGCUAAGGCUGUUGCAACAGAAUAUCAGCUUCACUUUUUAUCCGUUAAAGGUCCUGAAGUGUUAAAUAUGUAUGUGGGUCAAAGUGAGAAGAAUGUCAGGCAAGUAUUCGAACGAGCAAGAGCCGCGGCGCCGUGUAUAAUAUUUUUCGACGAGCUGGAUUCGUUGGCACCAAAUCGUGGACGGAGCGGCGACAGUGGAGGAGUAAUGGAUCGCGUCGUGUCUCAGUUACUCGCAGAAAUGGAUGGUCUGGACUGUUCUAGCAAUAUAUUUAUCAUAGGUGCCACAAACAGGCCGGAUCUCAUAGAUCCGGCGCUUCUAAGACCUGGUAGAUUCGACAAGUUAUUAUACGUAGGGAUUCAUUCCGAUCGCGGUUCCCAGCUUAAAGUACUGGAGGCAUUGACGCGUAAAUUCAAAUUUCACGAAAACGGAGAACUAGAGAAGCUAAUAGAUCAGUUACCGAGUCACACUACCGGUGCCGAUCUGUAUUCCGUCUGUUCCAAUGCGUGGUUAAAUGCUGCGCGCAGAGUAUUGAGCAGACAUGAUCAAAUGGUUCAUACGAAUCAGUUAAUUUUAGAUAAGGUUGAUUCGAACCAAUCUAUUAUUGUAGAAUUUACAGACUUUUUGAAAGCUGCCCGCGAGUUAGUUCCUUCGGUCAGUAAAGUGGACGCUGAAAGAUAUAGAAGGAUGCAAACAGAAUUAUCUUCGGUAUCGUGA